AUGCCGGGGGUCCUGCCCUCACACCGACCAAAAGAUGCCGCUGGUGCUCACCGGACACCGGUAGCCUCGAGGAAGGAGCCCGCCGUCUGCCCGACGGACGACGAGGCGCAAGUCCCGCGCAAGACGGCCAAGGAUAAGCGAAGCUUCGACUAUGUCUGGAGGUCCGGAAUUGCAGGCGGCAUGGCGGGUUGCGCGGCUAAGACGAUUGUCGCGCCGCUCGACCGAGUCAAGAUCCUAUUUCAGUCUCGCAACCCACACUUUGUCAAAUAUACGGGGUCAUGGUAUGGGGUUGGGCAGGCCAUGAAGGAUAUUUAUCUCCAAGACGGGUCGGUCGGGUUAUUCAGAGGCCACUCGGCUACCCUGUUGAGGAUAUUUCCCUACGCGGCGAUCAAGUUUGUGGCCUACGAACAGAUCCGCGCCGUUGUCAUUCCCCGGAAGGAGAAAGAGACGCCGUUCCGGCGGCUCAUCAGCGGUGCCAUGGCGGGCGUGACAUCCGUCUUCUUCACCUACCCCCUAGAGGUCGUCCGAGUACGGCUUGCGUUCGAAACAAAAAAGGAGGGCCGGUCAUCACUACGGUCAAUAUGCAAGCAAAUAUACCACGAAGGGCAAUUACGGAAAUCAGCAGCAUCCGCAGCUGAUUCGGCCGGUGCGGUUGUUUCGACAGUUCGGAGUGCGGCAGCACCGGCAGUUGCACAGGCAUCCGGGUUCAUAAACUUCUACCGUGGCUUCUCCCCAACGCUCCUGGGCAUGGUCCCGUACGCCGGCAUGUCUUUCCUCACACACGAUACUGCGGGCGACUUACUCCGCCUCCCGGCGAUCGCUCAGUACACGACACUGCCCAAGCCGGAAAACCACCCGGCGGGCAAGCCUGCGCCGCUCCGGUACUGGGCCGAGCUGCUCGCGGGCGGCGUUGCGGGGAUGGUAUCGCAGACGGUGUCGUACCCGCUCGAGGUGGUCAGGAGACGGAUGCAGGUCGGCGGUGCGGUCGGCGACGGCCACCGGAUGCGCAUCGGCGAGACGGCCAGGCUGAUCAUGCGGGAGCGCGGCUUCCGGGGCUUUUUUGUGGGGUUGACGAUUGGUUAUGCCAAAGUGAUACCCAUGGCGGCGGCGGCUUUCUACACGUAUGAACGGCUAAAGAUGGUGUUUGGCAUUUAG